CCGCCAUCAUGUCUGAGACCUUCGAGUUCCAGGCUGAGAUCUCUCAGCUGCUCUCGCUGAUCAUUAACACCGUCUACUCCAACAAGGAAAUUUUCCUUCGUGAGUUGAUCUCCAACGCCUCCGAUGCCCUCGACAAGAUCCGCUACGAGGCUCUCUCCGACCCCUCCAAGCUGGACUCCAACAAGGAUCUCCGCAUCGACAUCAUCCCCGAUCUCGAGAACAAGACCCUUACCAUCCGUGAUACCGGUAUUGGUAUGACCAAGGCUGACCUCAUCAACAACCUUGGUACAAUUGCCCGCUCCGGUACCAAGCAGUUCAUGGAGGCCCUCUCCGCUGGUGCUGAUAUCUCCAUGAUCGGCCAGUUCGGUGUCGGUUUCUACUCUGCCUACCUGGUUGCUGACCGCGUCACCUUUGUCUCCAAGCACAACGAUGACGAGCAGUACAUCUGGGAGUCCGCCGCUGGCGGUACCUUCACCCUGAAGGAGGACACUGAGGGCGAGCAGCUCGGCCGCGGAGGUCGUCAAGAAGCACUCCGAGUUCAUCUCCUACCCCAUCUACCUUCACGUCCUGAAGGAGACCGAGACCGAGGUCCCCGAUGA